GUCAGAUUUCCUUUCAGUGAUGGCAUAUGUCAAAAGCCAUGUGGAUAAAUAAUUGAAAACAAAAUAAAAUUAAAAACCACGAUAUUCUAAUCUUUUGUUCAAUAUUUAAUAUAGUUUUUCAAAAUGGAAGUGGAAAAUAUUAAUGUAGAUGAAUUUCUACCAGCAAAAAAUCCGAUAAAGCUGAAAAAUCUCAAGCGUCCCGCAGAUUCUGAAGGCGGUGAUGGUAUGGACGUAGAACAACAGAAUGGCGCUGAAACUAAAACAAAACGUAAGCGAUCUAAAGCAAAGAGACCGAAGAAGAGCGCAGAACCCAAUGAAACUAAAGUAAAUAUGCGAAAAGUAGCAGUUCCAGCUCACAGAUACACACCAUUAAAAGAAAAUUGGUUGAAGAUAUUCACACCGAUUGUGGAGCACCUGCUUUUACAAGUCAGAUUCAACACAAAAACGAGGAAUGUAGAAAUUAAAAUUGGGCCAGAAACAAAAGAUAUUGCAAAUCUACAGAAAGCUGCAGAUUUUGUUAAGGCUUUCGUCUGUGGGUUUGAAGUGGAAGACGCACUAGCACUGCUCAGGCUUGACGAUUUAUUUGUAGAGACCUUUGAAAUUAAAGAUGUUAAAACGUUACAAGGCGAUCACCUCGGCAGAGCUAUAGGUAGAUUAGCAGGCAAGGCCGGUCGUACCAAAUUCACCAUAGAGAAUGUGACAAAGACAAGAAUAGUGUUGGCAGACUCAAAAAUUCACAUUUUAGGCAGUUAUCAGAACAUCGCUCUGGCAAGACGGGCUAUAUGCAACCUUAUCAUGGGAUCACCUCCUUCGAAAGUGUACGGAAAUUUGAGGAAUGUUGCGAAGCGAGUGGCGGAGAGAUUUUAGCUAAUAAAUAUAUUUAUCCAAA